AUGGCGGGCUGUGCCUCGUGUCCAGCAAGGAGCAAUGCUUGCAGCCGCAACAGCAUAGGUGAAUGGGUGCUCAUGAAAAACGUCUCUUUGUUGAAUGACUGGAUGAAGAAGAUACGCCGUGAUGAAUGGAUGAAAAGGCUGUGCAUACUGGCAGUGAGAGCCAGCUAUGUCUACAUGGAAUUCUGGUCAAUAAGGAAGCCUAAUUCCUACUUUCUUGUGUUUAAUCUGAGAAACAGGAAGAUGACAGUGUUCAUUAACAACCCAGAAGACCCUCAUAGAGGUCCUGCGUUUCCAUUCUUCAUGCGCUUGGAGCCUCUGCUUGGACCAGAUGAGGGUCAGAAUGUCCAUCUUAACGGUGUUUGA